AGCUGUGUGUUUUCCUUUUAGCCAGCGAACGGGAUCUUCAUGAGUGUGUUUCUCAUCGUCUUGCCCCUGGAGUCCAUGGCUCACGGGCUUUUCCAUGAGCUGGGAAGCUGUUUGGGCGGCACGUGCGUUGGGUAUGCGGUUGUGAUCCCCACCAACUUUUGCAGCCCUGAUGGCCAACCAACUCUUCUUCCACCCGAGCACGUGCAAGAGUUAAACCUGAGGUCUACAGGCAUGCUUAAUGCCAUCCAAAGAUUUUUUGCCUAUCACAUGAUUGAGACAUAUGGUUGUGACUACUCUACAAGUGGCCUGACCUUUGAUACGCUUCACUCCAAAAUCAAAUCUUUCCUGGAACUUCGGACUGCAGAUGGACCCAGACAUGAUACCUAUAUUUUAUAUUACAGUGGUCACUCGCAUGGGACUGGCGAAUGGGCACUAGCAGGAGGAGAUGCCUUACGGCUCGACACUCUCCUGGAGUGGUGGCGAGAAAAGAACGGCACCUUCUGCUCGCGUCUCAUCAUCGUUUUGGACUGUGAGAACUCUCAGCCGUGGGUCAAAGAAGUAAGAAAAGUGAAUGACCAGUAUGUUGCUGUGCAAGGAGCAGAAAUGGCUAAAGUUGUAGACAUCGAGGAAGCGGAUCCCCCGCAGCUCGGGGACUUCACCAGGCAGUGGGUUGAGUACAACUGUAACCCCAGCAGUAACAUCAGCUGGUCGGAGAAGGGGCGCACGGUGAGAGCGGUGUACGGGGUGUCCAAGCACUGGAGUGACUACACUUUGCAUUUGCCAACAGGCAGCGACGUUGCCAAACACUGGAUGAUUUACUUCCCCCGUGUUACCUACCCGUUAGUGCAUUUGGCAAACUGGUUUUGUGGUCUCAAUCUGUUCUGGGUUUGCAAAGCGUGCUUUAGGUGCCUGAAAAGAUUAAAAAUGAACUGGUUUCUUCCCACAGUGCUGGACACGGGACAAGGUUUCAAACUUGUCAAAUCCUAAUUGGGAACCAAAGAGGAACAUCAGUGGGAAUCCUGGGAACUUACCCAUCUACAGUACAACUUUUUAUAUGACUAUUUUCGUUGAAUAAGUGUGCUA